CAAACCCGGGUGGUGGUGUAAAGGUUACGGGGCAUUUGGAUUCCCUAAUUUCCUCCUGUCUCCGCUUCUGGGUCAGAGGUCCCUUCGCCAGGAUCUUCAGUUGCCCUUUUUAACGGGGAAGGGGCUGGAGGAAACACCUGAACAUGUGGAAUCCCAAUGCCGGACAGCCAGGCUCAAAUCCAUGUCCUCCUAAUGUCGGGUACCCUGGAGGUUCCAACCCUGCCUAUCCACCGCCUGUCAAUCCUGCCUUUCCUCCAGGCCCCUUUCCCACUCCCCCAGGAGCUCCUCAGGGGAAUCCAGCUUUUCCUCCAGGCGGGACCCCUCAUUUUGUGCCACAACCGGGGUAUCCAGGAUAUCAGCCCCCAGGUCCCUACCCCCCUCCAUACCCUCCACCUGCCCCUGGCAUGCCUCCGGUGACUCCAUUGGCUCCUGGCAUAGUAGGACCAGGAAUGGUGAUGGACAAGAAGAUGCAGAAGAAAAUGAAGAAAGCUCAUAAAAAGAUGCACAAACACCACAAGCAUGGCAAGCAUUCCUCCUCCUCCUCCUCUUCCAGCAGUGACUCUGACUGAAUACAGGGCCUGGAACCCUUGCCUCAAGUCUCUCCAGUUCUGCUCUCCCAUCAAGCUUCAGAGGCCAUCUUGUACUGGGGGAAAUUAGCCCUGGUGUCCCCCUUUCCUUCUCCGCCAUCUGAGCCUCACUCUAUGUUCAGCCAUAAGUGGCUAGGGAAAAUGGGAAAAUAAUUGCAUUGGCUAGCAAAGGCCGUCUUCUCACUGCUUGGAUAGAACUUUUAGUUGAUGAAUUUACAGGAGAACUAUUUUUUGAAGAUGGUGAGGGCUUUGAGCUAAAAGCUGAAGACAAGUCUAAGAUCUGCAAAAUGUGAUUUUUUUACUUUCUUUUGUAAUACUUGUGUUAUAAUUAUGGUAGAAAAAAGCAACCUGCACCUUUUUGUGAUGGUGUGCUUGGGUGAUUUAGUAGCAAGUACAUUUCCCCACAGGCCUUUAUUAAUUGCACUAACUGCAAGGCUGUUGUACAAUCCAAGUAGAGUCCAUUUGGUGUAUUAGCUCUGACGGCCAUAUUGGAACCUAAUCUCUACUCUUUAGCUCAUGUGCUAUCUCAGGUCCUCCUCCUCUCACUCUCCAACUCUCAGUCCAAAUAAAACUGUUUUUCUUGUCUCUGUU